CCCCCCCCGCCCUCCUGCCUCGCUUCCCGGCCGGCCUACUGCGCCGAUUCCUUCUCCUUUCCGAGCCCGGCCAUGCGCCUGACCCACCGGCCGCCCUACCGCCGGCGGUCACGCCUCCGGUCGGCUCUCUUCUUUUUGACGGUGGCCGUGGUGCUGCUGACGCUUGCUGGGUCGUUGUUUUACACGGCAUACGAUCUGUUUGGCAAUGUGCCGAAUGUGCCGCUGCUGCUGGUGGGCUAUGGGACUUUCGUCAUUGCCACCCUGAUCAUCAUCGCGGACCGGCUUCGGACGACGCGCCUGACCAAGAAGGAUAUCCCACGCGACUACCUUCCCUUGCAGAAGUACCACAUUGCGCGGCCGAUGCUGGACUACAUUCACCAAAGCAUCCAUCGGAAUGUGCAAACCCUGAUUGGCCCGGUGGAUGGCUCGCUCCCGGGCCAGUGGGGUCUUCUGGAUCCGGCGGACUUGGAUCCCAUCCAUUUCCCCACCUCGCUGGCCAUGUCCUUCCAGCUGGUUGAGCAAUUCGCCAUGGAGCUGGGCUUCCCCGGCCGGCCGGGGCACUGCACCGUCCGCCGGUACUUGCUGGAACUGCUGCCGGCGGCGAUGGCGCCCCCGGACAGCCCGGCGUCCGGCAUGGACAUGGCGGCGGCUCGGCGCUUUGUGGAGCUCUACGAACGGGCCAGCUAUGGCAACCCGCCGGCCGGGUUGGUGCCCUCGCGCGUGGCGCUGCUGGCGGCGCAGGCGGCCGCCGAGCCGGGUCCAGGGCGCCCGGGCCAUUCGGCCAGCCACGGCCCGGCAUUGGGCGGGGAAAUUGGCCAGGCCGAAUACGAGGCCUUCAUUGCCGUGACGACGGAUCUGCUGUCCAACCUUCGACAUGUGGCUCUUUCAUCGGCCAAGAGUGCGGCCGGCCAGGGCGCCUCCUCGGACAUGUCUCCGGAAUAGACGCGGUCGUGCGGGUGCCGCGUCGGGGCCCCGAGCCGAAAGUAUAAAAUCCCAAUGCGCGGGGUGUCCCCCAACUGAAGGGUCUAUAGCUCAGUGGUAGAGCGGUCGACUGCAGAUCGACAGGUCCCCGGAUCAACCCCGGGUGGGCCCUCGCCUCUCUUUUUGUUUCGCACCGAAGCGACUUUCGUUGGAAUAAAUGGCUGCCUGCCCUGCG